AUGGCAGACGAGGAAGGAGCAGCACCAGAAGCGCCCCCACAGGGUGAAGCUGCACCAUCUCCCAGCAAAAUGGCACCACCACCAUCUGCUAGCCAGGCUGCGGUACCGCCAUCUGCUAGCAAAGCAGCUGUGCCACCCUCUGCUAGCCAAGCGGCAGUACCACCAUCUGCUAGUAAAGCUGUGGUACAACCAUCUGCUAGUCAGGCAGUAGCACCAUCUCCAAGCAAAGCGGAAGCAGAAACAGGACCGAAACCUAGUAGAGUAGAGGCUGCACCAACACCUAGCAAAGCAGAAGCUGCACCGACUCCCAGCAAAGUAGAAGCUGCGCCGACUCCCAGCAAAGUAGAAGCUGCGCCGACUCCCAGCAAAGUAGAGGCUGCACCGACUCCCAGCAAAGCAGAGGCAGCUGUUAAACCCAGCAAAGUGGAAGCCGGAGAGGGAGAGACACCAACAACGGAAAAGGAGCCGCAGCGGAAAUCUCGCAGCAAGAUGUCCGUGACGGCGGGCUCCCGCAUUUCAGUACUAGCUGGCCAGAGACCGGUGAGGGUGAAAGCAGGCACUAUUGCUACCAUCUUCUGGUAUCAGGGUAACGGGUAG